AAAAUCACGAAAUUGGCAAUAAAUUGAUACUUUAAGAUUCUUAUGGCUGAAUACAAUUUGUUGACCGUUGGGUUUAAGGUAUAUCAGUGGACACCGGUCUACAAUUAAAAGGAUGCUUGUUUUUUCUUUGCUUUGUACUCUAAGAACUGAACAGGGACCAGAUGUUGGUUUCAUUGGGAAUUUCUUUGAUUGAACGAUUCUGAAAAUGGGUUUAUACUUCAUGACAUUUCUUCAGUUGAUGUCUGAGAGUUGGAUAUUCAUAUUCUAUGGCGUGAAUGGUAGAUGAUCUCAUUGACUGGAAAAAACUCGAUUGUGAUUUCUGGAUGUGCGCUAUAAGAUCACAGAUGUCCUUUAGCCUCAAUUACAGCAAAUGUGAAAUAAUCGUCGGCCUUUUUCUCCUGAACCUCUUUGGUUAUGUGUUCUCUCAAUGCAGUGGAUCGCCGCAGACUCUGACGGCUGGUCAGAGUAUUCAGUACUUCACUUCACCGGACUACAACAAUGGGGCGGGGACCUACAGCAGUAAUUUAGAUUGUCAGUGGAUCAUUGAUAGCAAUGAUGCAAGCUACAAAGUCAUCCUUUAUCUGAAGAACUACAACGUGGCUUGCAGUGGGGACAACAUCAACAUCUACGAUGGAAAUACUGUAUCCGGAACCGCUUUAAAAUCCAACAUUUGUGGCAGUGGUGCCUCUGACAAGAUCGUGACGUCAACGGGUCAAUAUAUGACGCUAAAAUUUACGUCUGACGCUGUCAACCAAUCGGUGGGCUUUGAAGCUGCCUAUUUUUCAGCGACGGACUUGUCCGGAACAGGAUGUACAUCGGAACAAACAAUGACGCCGACCACAUCCCCACAGUAUGUGACGUCACCAAGUUUCCCAAGUCUUUAUGACGUGAGCUCUAAUUGUCGAUGGGUCCUAACGGUUCCGGCCGGACGGGUACAGGUGGAGAUCAUUUACAGCGACAUCGAGACUUCCGCUAACUGUGCUUUUGAUUCCUUAGAAAUUUAUGAUGGUGACUAUGUGUGUGAAAACACUAAAAUAGCCGCGGUUUGUUCCCGCUACCCAAGCGGCAUCACCGGAACUUACCUCAGUAACGGCACCAGCUUCCUGCUUAAGUUUAAAUCCGACGGCUCGGUGAGCUUUACCGGGUACCUCAUCAAAUUCAUCCAAGUGGAGGAAGCUGUGUCAUCAAAUCCACUGACAUCAUCAGAUGAGAAUGGUGGUAACUUUGAUCAGCUGAUGUUAGGAAUUGGAAUAGGAUGUGCUUGUGGUGCUACGGCAACGCUUAUUCUAGUGUUCAUUGUGUCUUUCUUCAAAUCAAAAUGUCGCUCGCCAAAAAUAGCGUCCCCUCGAGUCAAGACGGUUGAGCCAAUGAAUGGUGGACCCCAUAUGAGAACACCGUCCGUCAACGGGUCUGUUGAUUCUUCAGAUUCCAUUAGCCAUUCCAGGAACGGAUUUAUCCGUCGACCAUUGACGACAAGCAGACGAUCGAGUAUGAUUGACGGGAAAUCGAAUGGGUUUCUACCAUGAUGCAUCACUGGGCCUCGCCUUUGAAAGCGCAAGUAUCGUUCAGUUGAACACUGCAACUGAAAUGAAAAAGGUAGUCACAUACAGUGUUAUGUCACGCCUUGUCGCGAAGCAAGUUGUGCCAGCCACAAAGGGGAUGCUAGAGAUACAAACACCAGACAAUCUCCAAGACCAUUUGAUCCGACUGAGAGGUAUCGCUGUUAAAGAUAGUACGGGAUUGAUGCAAUACGCUAUUAACUGUUAAAAACUAUUCACAUUCUCAUACAUAUAGAGUACUAAUACUACAUUUGAUAUUCUGUAUACAUGUAUUUUCUUAAUUCGGUCAUGAAUUACUAUAUUGAACUACUCCUUAUAUAUGUUCAGAAUCGUGAAAUGUGAAUGUGAUUUUUUUUUUCAUGAAUUAAAUUGAAAAUAAUUUACAUUUUGAAAUAAACCCAUUCAUUUUGAUGAGAACGAAUAGAUGUGUCAUUCAUAAUU